AUGAAUCCCCAUAUCUCUGUUCCCCGACAGCAUGCCGGUCCAGCACAUUUCGGCGGCGCCUCGCCGCAGAAUAGAAGUCCCUACCUACGGAUACCGCAGUUCUUCGGCCGGAUGUUCAAGGUCUCGCAGAUGGACUUCGAGAUGGCCAUAUGGGAGAUGACGUCCCUCGUUAUUGCGCCGAAGAAGGUUUUUAAAUCCAUGUAUUACCAUGUUAGCAACUCUUCCCCCGGAUACUGCCGUCAGAACCUGAAGCUAAUCUAUUUGUCCUUAGAAACGUUUGUUCCCGUUCCACACGUCUAUUGCCCGCCUCUCUUCAGCAUAGCUCUAACUGCCCACGCUUUAGAAACCAAAAACACAUGGCACCGACCUGACCCGUCGUUUGGCUAUCUGCUUUCCUUCUUCUUAUUUCUCACAGGCCUAGCAUGGGGCUUCGCCUACCAAUCAACCUUCACCUCUAUAAUAGGGCUCAGCUUAUCCUUCAUCUUCUUCCAUUUCCUCGGUGCCUCCCUCCUCGUUUCAACGAUAAUGUACUUUUCGGUUGGCCGGAUUUUUGGCCCCAACGGCCCUGCAGCUGCUAUCAGUGAGUGGAGGGGCACUAGAUCCUCGCUUGGCCGCAUGAGGCGGCGUGGGCCGGCACAGGGUCUCUUCGGGAUAUCGGGGGAUAAAGAGCAUGUCGAAUUUGGAUAUUGCUUUGAUGUUGCUAACCGCGCCUUCUUCACACUAUACCUACACCUAUACGUUCUUCAAUUCAUUCUCCUCCCCGUCCUGACACGGGGUUCCGAUACCUCGCCUAGCUUCCUCGCCACCAUUCUCGGCAACACCCUGUAUCUCUCCGCCUUCACAUACUAUACCUAUAUUUCGUUCCUUGGUUAUAGUAACCUGCCGUUUCUGUAUCAUACAGAGCUGCUUCUGCUGCCUAUUGUGGUAAUGGGCAUCCUGUGGUUUGUAAGUUUGAUUUUGGGGUGGGGUAUUGUCCGGCAGGGCGGAGCCGUCAACUGGUUAUUCUGGUGGGCUUGA